AUGAGAAUAUCUGUUGUAAUUUUGAUGAUCUUACGAUUUCUUAUGGUACUUUUACCACAGAUAGGAUACAUCCACCCAGAUGAAUUUUUUCAAUCAACAGAGAUAGUUGCAGGUGACCAGUUAGGUAUUGAUGUGUUUAGAGCUUGGGAGUUUAAUCCUGAAAAUCCAAUACGAUGUAUAGCGUUCCCUUAUAUUAUUAGUGGACUACCAUUAUCUCUCCUGAAAUGGUUACAACAUUUUUCAUGGAUGGUAAUAUCACCGUACUGGCUAUUAGUUUUACCUAGAUUAUGGAUGGCUGUGCUAUCUCUGAUAACAGAUUACUGUAUUUAUAUCAUGUGUCAAACAUUUGACAUCAAUUCAGACUCUGCCCUCAAACUUUUUUCAAUAUCAUACAUAGCACUAGUUUUUCUGUGUCGAACUUUUUCAAACAGUUUAGAGACGUUUUUUGUAUCGCUAUUUAUUUGCGUUCUUUUGAAAGGAUCUGCCAAGUGGAAGAUGAAGUCUGCUAAAAAGAAAUUAUAUUUUGAACUUAAUCCUUUGUCAAGCAUCUCAUCAUAUUUUUUAGGAAGUAUUGCCAUCAGUGGAAUGUUUAAUAGACCAACUUUUAUUUUUUUCAUUAUAGCCCCUGUGGUUUUGUGGGUACUGAUAUUUUUCAAAAAAUCACCUAUAUCCUAUAAAAUAAGUGCUCUUAUGACUAUGGCAGGAUCAGCUACUAUUGGUGCUCUUACAGCCUUCCUUGUCUUGGUUUACAUUGAUCAAUUAUAUUACAAAGAAUGGUCCAUUGUGCAACUCCAUGAUCACUUUUUGGAAUGUUUAGCACAGAGUUCUGCAUUAACCUGCAUUAAAAACUUUUUUUCAUCUCUUGUGAUCACUCCAUGGAACUUUAUCAGUUACAACAGUCAAAGUGAUCAUUUAGCAGAACAUGGUCUCCAUCCAAGAAUUUUACAUUUAUUUGUGAAUGUGCCUAUGUUACUGGGACCAGUAGCUGUGCUUAUUAUAAUUGGACUGCUCAGAACAAUUUCUAAAAUGAUGACAGAUGUCUUUGAUGUGAAUUUAAAAAUGAUAUAUCUCUUCAUAGCUUUUAUUUGUCCCAUUUCAUAUUUAUCUUUAUUUCCACACCAAGAACCAAGAUUCUUACUACCCAUCAUACCAUUUGCAUGUGUUAUGGCUGCAGAUAUAUUGGAAUCAAGUAAAUUUCAAAAUGUGUUUUGGUGUCUCUGGAUUGUGUUUAAUAUAUGUGCAACUGUAUUUUUUGGAUUUCUUCAUCAAGGUGGUGUGGUAGCUACUCUUUUAGAACUGCAAUCUGAACCCAUAUCAAAUGUGCAAAACCAAAUAAAUCGACAGUUAAUAUUUUAUAAAACUUAUAUGCCUCCAAAACAUUUAAUGACAUCACAAAAUUUCAGUAUUACUGACUUAGCUGGUGAACAUUCUCAAACUUUGAUCAAAACUUUAACAACCCUGCAGAAACAAUCUGAGAACAGUUAUGCAAUUAGCAUCAUAACUCCCAAUACAGUAUUCCAAAAGAUUAAAGAUAUCUUACCUCAGAAUUUUAAGUUAGAAUUUGUGUGUCCACAUUUUUCAGGUGAAGAUCCACCCAAUAUUUUAAAUACUGUGAAAAACUGGUAUCAACUAGAUGAACAUCUUUCAUUAUUUUGUAUGAAUAUUCUAACAUUUUCUUAA